CGUCCCCUCCCCCGCCCCUUGAGCCGCCUGGCCCCGCCCCCUCCCCCCCCCCACCUCCCGCCUCCCGGACGCCUGGGUCCCUCCCCCGGACGCCUGGGUCCCCCGCGCCGCCCGGGGGCAGCGAGCGGCGGAGGAACCAUGUCCUAUGUCCCCUUCCGAGAUGUGCGAGCAGCGCCCCCCCCGCUGGCCCGCGGGCCCUACGCCCCCUCCCCCUACGAGCGCCCACCCUGGAACCCCCGGUUCUGCAUCAUCUCGGGGAACCAGCUGCUGAUGCUGGACGAGGAGGAGAUUCACCCGCUGCUGAUCCGCGAGCGCCGGGGGGAGCCGUGCCGGAGCAAACUGCUGCGCCGCACCGUCAGCGUCCCGGUGGAGGGGCGGCCGCACCCCGAGCACGAUUACCACGGCGGCCGCUCGCGCAGGAAGAGCGUCCCCGGGGGGAAGCAGCUCAGCAUCAACAUGGACGCCCCGCCCGCCCCGCCCUUCCGGCCCUCGCAAGGCUUCCUGAGCCGCCGCCUCAAGAGCUCCAUCAAGCGCACCAAGAGCCAGCCCAAGCUGGACCGCACCAGCAGCUUCCGGCAGAUCCUGCCGCGCUUCCGCAGCGCCGACCACGACAGGGCCCGCCUGAUGCAGAGCUUCAAGGAGUCGCACUCGCACGAGUCGCUGCUGAGCCCCAGCAGCGCGGCCGAGGCGCUGGAGCUCAACCUGGACGAGGACUCCAUCAUCAAGGCCGUGCACAGCAGCAUCCUGGGCCAGGAGUUCUGCUUCGAGGUCACCACGGCCUCGGGGACCAAGUGCUUCGCCUGCCGCUCGGCCGCCGAGAGGGACAAGUGGAUCGAGAACCUGCAGAGGGCGGUGAAGCCCAAUAAGGACAACAGCCGUCGCGUGGACAACGUGCUGAAGCUGUGGGUGAUCGAGGCGCGCGACCUGCCCCCCAAGAAGCGCUACUACUGCGAGCUGUGCCUGGACGACAUGCUGUACGCGCGCACCACCAGCAAGGCGCGCACCGACAACGUCUUCUGGGGCGAGCACUUCGAGUUCAACAACCUGCCGGCCGUGCGCACCAUCCGCCUGCACCUCUACAAGGACACGGACAAGAAGCGCAAGAAGGACAAGAGCAACUACGUGGGGAUGGUGAGCAUCCCCAUCGCCAGCGUCACCGGGCGGCACUUCGCCGAGCAGUGGUACCCGCUGAGCCAGCCCAGCGGCAGCAAGGCCAAGGCGGGCUGCCCGGCGCUGCGGGUCAAGAGCCGCUUCCAGACCAUGAGCAUCCUGCCCAUGGAGCUCUACAAGGAGUUCGCCGAGUACGUCACCAACAACUACCGCAUGCUGUGCGCGGUGCUGGAGCCCGUGCUCAGCGUCAAGAGCAAGGAGGAGGUGGCCUGCGCGCUGGUGCACAUCCUGCAGAGCACCGGCAAGGCCAAGGACUUCCUGUCGGACAUGGCCAUGACGGAGGUGGAUCGGUUCAUGGACCGGGAGCACCUGAUCUUCCGGGAGAACACGCUCGCCACGAAAGCCAUAGAGGAGUAUCUGAAACUCAUCGGCCAGAAAUACCUCAAGGACGCCAUCGGCGAGUUCAUCCGCGCGCUGUACGAGUCGGAGGAGAACUGCGAGGUGGACCCCAUGAAGUGCUCGGCGUCCACGCUGGCCGACCACCAGGCCAACCUGCGCAUGUGCUGCGAGCUGGCGCUCUGCAAGGUGGUCAACUCGCACUGCGUGUUCCCGCGGGAGCUCAAGGAGGUGUUCGUGUCGUGGCGGCUGCGCUGCGCCGAGCGCGGCCGCGAGGACGUCGCCGACCGGCUCAUCAGCGCCUCGCUGUUCCUGCGCUUCCUGUGCCCCGCCGUCAUGUCGCCGAGCCUGUUCGGGCUGAUGCAGGAGUACCCGGACGAGCAGACGGCGCGCACGCUCACGCUCAUCGCCAAGGUCAUCCAGAACCUGGCCAACUUCACCAAGUUUGGCAGCAAGGAGGAGUACAUGGCCUUCAUGAACGAGUUCCUGGAGCUGGAGUGGACCAGCAUGCAGCAGUUCCUGUACGAGAUCUCCAACCUGGACACGCUGACCAACAGCACCAGCUUCGAGGGCUACAUCGACCUGGGCCGCGAGCUGUCCACGCUGCACGCGCUGCUCUGGGAGGUCAUGUCCCAGCUCAGCAAGGAGGCGCUGCUGAAGCUGGGCCCGCUGCCGCGGCUGCUGACCGACAUCAGCGUGGCGCUGCGCAACCCGCACCUGCAGCGCCAGCCCAGCCAGGGCGAGCGCCUGCCCCCCAAGGGGCUGGUGCUGCGCGGCCCCUCGGCCGACCUGCAGCCCUACCUGGUGCGCGACCUCAACAGCUCCAUUGACCUCCAGUCCUACAUGGUGCGGGGCCUCAACAGCUCCAUGGAGGUGCCGCGCCUGCCGUCGCCGCCGCAGGAGAAGGGGCCGCAGGAGGUGCUGGUGCUGAGCCGCCCCCCCCUGGCGCGCUCGUCCCCCGCCUACUGCACCAGCAGCUCGGACCUGACGGAGCCUGAGGCGGCCGGGGGGGCCCCCCCCCUGGGCGUGGGCAAGAGCGUGUCCAUGCUGGACCUGCAGGACGGGCGCGUGGACAGCGUGCCCAGCCUGCCCGCCGAGCUGCUGGCGGGGGGCGCCGCGCCGGGGGGGCUGCGGCCCGGCCGCCUGUCCCAGGGCAGCGCCUCCAGCCUGGCCCCCCCGCGCCUGGGGGUCCCGGAGCCGCCGCUGCGGGUGCCGCUCUCCUUCCAGAACCCCCUGUUCCACCUGGCGGCCGACGGACCUUUGCGGGGCCCCGAGGCGCUGGGGGGGGGCGGCGGCGGCGGCGGCGGAGGGGGGGGCGGGGACGGCCCCUUCGCGCCCCCCCCGGCCGCCCACCCGCACCCCCUGCACGUGUACAGCAAGAGCGAGGAGCUGGCGGCCCCCCCGGCGCCCAAGCACAUCACGCACAGCCACAGCUACAGCGACGAGUUCGCGCGCCCGGGGGGCGACUUCGGGCGCCGGCAGCUGUCCCUGCAGGACAGCCUGGCCCCCCCCCAGAUCACCAUCGGCGCCCCCCCGCCCCCCACGCCCCGCGGCGCCCGCGCCGGCAAGGGGGGGGGCCCCGCCGCCCUGGGGGUGCCCCCGAAGCCCCGGCCGGCCAGCGGGAACCUGCUGGCGUCCCCCGAGCCCACCUACGGGCCCCCCCGCUCCCGGCAGCCCUCGCUGGCCAAGGAGCCCUCGGUGGCCGGCGGGAAGCCGCCCAUCACCAAGCAGGCCUCGCAGACGCCGUCGACGCUGAACCCGGUGAUGCCGGCGGCCGAGCGCACGGUGGCCUGGGUGUCCAACAUGCCCCACCUGUCGGCCGACAUCGAGAGCUCCCACAUCGAGCGCGAGGAGUACAAGCUCAAGGAGUACUCCAAGUCCAUGGACGAGAGCCGGCUGGACCGGGUGAAGGAGUACGAGGAGGAGAUCCACUCGCUGAAGGAGCGGCUGCACAUGUCCAACCGCAAGCUGGAGGAGUACGAGCGGCGGCUGGUGACGCAGGAGGAGCAGACGAGCCGCAUCCUGCUGCAGUACCAGCAGCGCCUGGAGCUGAGCGAGCGGCGCCUGCGCCAGCAGCAGGCCGAGAAGGACUCGCAGAUCAAGAGCAUCAUCGGCAGGCUGAUGCUGGUGGAGCAGGAGCUGCGCAGGGAUCAUCACUUGGGCGCCCACGACCCCCCCGAGGGGCGGCGGCGGCUGCUCGACGCUCAGGUGGAGAGGCAGUUUCCCGCCGUGGGUGCAGCAGACCCGGGUGUGAGUGGCUGGGGGGGGGUCCCCGGGCGGCCUCCGCCCCCCCCACCCCCGAUCACGGCCAACGGCGACGGCACCGCUGCUGAGCACUGACCGGACCCCGCGCCGGGACACUCGUGCAAGGGGGUCUUGUGCAACGGGGUCUUGUGCAAGGGCUGCGCGUGCAAGGGACCCUCGUGCAAGGGCCCUCGUGCAAGGGACACUCGUGCAAGGGACACUCGUGCAAGGGGGGUCUUGUGCAACGGGGUCUUGUGCAAGGGCUGCUCGUGCAAGGGACCCUCGUGCAACGGGGUCUUGUGCAAGGGCUGCUCGUGCAAGGGCCCUCAUGCAAGGGACCCUCGUGCAAGGGGGUCUUGUGCAAGGGACACUCGUGCAAUGGGGUCUUGUGCAAGGGCUGUGCGUGCAAGGGCCCUCGUGCAAGGGACGCUCGUACAACGGGGUCUUGUGCAACGGGGUCUUGUGCAAGGGACCCUCAUGCAAUGGAGUCUUGUGCAACGGACCCUUGUGCAACUCGGUCUUGUGCAAGGACUGCACGUGCAAGGGCUCCUCGUGCAAGGGACACUCGUGCAAGGGGGUCUUGUGCAAGGGCUGCUCGUGCAAGGACUCCUCGUGCAAAGGCUGCUUGUGCAAGGGGUUUUGUGCAACGGAUCCUCGUGCAACAGGACCCUCGUGUAGUGGGGGGGGGGGCUUGUGCAAGGGCUCCUCGUGCAAGAGGAGCGGGGGGGGCUCUCGUGCAAAGGCACCGCGUGCAAACAGCUCAUCGUGCACCAGGACUGGGGGGGGGGAGCCUCGUGCAACAGCUGCUUGUGCGAUGGGAACGAGGAGCUCGACGUGCAAGGGGGGGGGGGGCAGGGAGGCCUCGUGCACCAGCAGCUCCUCGUGCAACACGGCGGGGGCGGGGACGCACACACGCACACCAGGACCCCCCCCCCCCCCCCCCCCCCCCAUUGUGCACCAGGACCCGCCCCCUCGUGCACCGACACCCCCGUGCAAAGGGACCAGAACCUUCCUCGUGCACCCCCCCCGCCCCCCGUCGUGCACUCACGUUCCCGCCUUCCUCGUGCACAGGGACUGGACUUUUCCUCGUGCGACACCCCCGUGCAACAGCCCCCCCCCCUUUUAUUUCUCUUGUGCAUCAUCUCGUUCAUCCCCCCCCCCCCACAACGUGCACCAGGAGCCACAGGACCCCCCCCACCCCCCCUUGCACGUCCAGUUCCGUCGUGCGCGGCACCAGGAUGCGCGUGUCCCCGUGCACCAGGACCGGGUGUCCCCGCGAUGUCCCCGUGGGGUGUCCCCGUGGGGUGUCCCCAGGGUGUCCCCGUGGGGUGUCCCCGUGCACCACCAGCCUCUUGCACACGGGGUGGGGGGGGCUUGGGUCGAUGGGGGGGGGGGGGGGGCGCUCCGUGCACCAGCAGCUCCGUGCAACGUCACCAGGGUGUCCCCGUGUGAUGUCACUGGGGUGUCCCCGUGUGAUGUCACCGGGGUGUCCGUGUCCCCGUGUGAUGUCACCAGGGUGUCCCCGUGUGAUGUCACCGGGGUGGCCACAACAUUGUCCCCCCCGCCGUGCCCGGGGCGGUGUCACCUCCUGCAUCACGUGUUCCGCCCCCCACUCCCCCCCCCCCCAUGCGACGUGUCACCAGCCCCGGUGUCACCUCCCCCCCCGCCCCCCCCUCUCCAGCACAAGGGGCACCGCAGGGGGCGCUUUGUGCAUCAUCCGGGACCCCCCCGCACCGGGACCCCCCCCCCAACCGGGCUCCCCAGUGCAUUGGGAUCCCCCCCCCCAUUGCAUUGGGACCCCCCACCUCGUUCCCAUGACACCCCCAAUGCACCGGGACCCCCAUUCACCAGGCCCCCCCACUCUCAACCCCCAAUACACCACGACCCCCAUUCACCAGGCACCUCUCCCCCCGCCAGCGCCCCACAAUGUACCGCACCCCCCAUUCACCCCCACCCCCCGAAUGCACCGGGACCUUCCCCCCGCCCCCCCCCCAAUUUCGCCGCUCCGAUGCCCCCCGGUGCCCCCCCCGGUGCAGCCCCCCCGGCGCAGCCCCCCCGGCGCCCCCGUUCCGGUGCCCCCGUCCCGGUGCAGCCCCGACAAUCGCCCCCGCGGGCGGCCCCCGGGGGUCUGGGCUGGCUCCAAACCCCCCCCGGGCCCGCGGAGCCUUUAAUAAACUCGGAUGGUCUUGUA